AUGUUACCACAUUUACUUAUACUGUUAAUGUUUUGUCGUGUGUCGAAACAAUUAAGCGUAAGAGAUCAAGAGGAAUAUCUUUUAAAAUUAACUCCAGAACAAGUGAGACAAGCAUUUGAUAAUGUGAUAACUGACGAAUAUAUUAAAGAACUAGCUAAAGAAUUCGCUGCAAGGGCCGCUACACAUUUUAUGAAAGAAAUAACAAACCACAAAAAUCUUCUUCUUUCGCAGUUGAAACUUAAACGAAGUGCCCACUCUGAAUACUUAAAUACUGCACAGGUGAAAAAUACUGAAGAAGCUAACGUGGUAGAGACUGUCAAACAAGAAGCAGAUCAAACAACCGAUUCAGAGAGUAAGGAAGAAGACAAACCAACUAAAUCAGAACUAGAUGACAUGGAAGCUUUAAAACUACUUGAAGAUCCCGCCCCAGAUGGCGAUAAUCUUGAUACAUCUGGUGAAUUAUCGGAUGAUGAGAAAAACAAGAUACCCGUGAUCCAGCUUACGAAAAUCAAUGGAAUUUACUACAGAAGAUUAUUAGGAAUGAUUUAA